AUGACACAUUCACCACUGAGUCCUGACUCUGAGUCUGUGGACCCUGUCCCCGUGGGGUCCGUCUGUGGACCCCGUCCACGUGGGGUCCGUCUGUGGACCCGUCUGCGGACCCUGUCCCUGUGGGGGCCGUCUGUGGACCCGUCUGCGGACCCUGUCCCUGUGGGGGCCGUCUGUGGACCCGUCUGCGGACCCUGUCCCUGUGGGGUCCGUCUGUGGACCCGUCUGUGGACCCUGUCCCCGUGGGGUCCGUCUGUGGACCCUGUCCCUGUGGGGUCCGUCUGUGUACCCUGUCCGUGUGGGGUCCAUCUGUGGACCCUGUCCCUGUGGGGUCCGUCUGUGGACCCGUCUGUGGACCCUGUCCCCGUGGGGUCCGUCUGUGGACCCGUCUGUGGACCCUGUCCCCGUGGGGUCCGUCUGUGGACCCUGUCCCUGUGGGGUCCGUCUGUGGACCCUGUCCCCGUGGGGUCCGUCUGUGGACCCUGUCCCCGUGGGGUCCGUCUGUGUACCCUGUCCGUGUGGGGUCCAUCUGUGGACCCGGUCCCUGUGUGGGUCCGUCUGUGGACCCGUCUGUGGACCCUGUCCCCGUGGGGUCCGUCUGUGGACCCGUCUGUGGACCCUGUCCCCGUGGGGUCCGUCUGUGGACCCUGUCCCUGUGGGGUCCGUCUGUGGACCCUGUCCCCGUGGGGUCCGUCUGUGGACCCUGUCCCCGUGGGGUCCGUCUGUGGACCCUGUCCCCGUGGGGUCCGUCUGUGGACCCUGUCCCUGUGGGGUCCGUCUGUGGACCCUGUCCCCGUGGGGUCCGUCUGUGGACCCUGUCCCUGUGGGGUCCGUCUGUGUACCCUGUCCGUGUGGGGUCCAUCUGUGGACCCGGUCCCUGUGGGGUCCGUCUGUGGACCCGUCUGUGGACCCUGUCCCCGUGGGGUCCGUCUGUGGACCCGUCUGUGGACCCUGUCCCCGUGGGGUCCGUCUGUGGACCCUGUCCCUGUGGGGUCCGUCUGUGGACCCUGUCCCCGUGGGGUCCGUCUGUGGACCCUGUCCCCGUGGGGUCCGUCUGUGGACCCUGUCCCCGUGGGGUCCGUCUGUGGACCCUGUCCCUGUGGGGUCCGUCUGUGGACCCUGUCCCCGUGGGGUCCGUCUGUGGAUCCUGUCCCCGUGGGGUCCGUCUGUGGACCCUGUCCCCGUGGGGUCCGUCUGUGGACCCUGUCCCCGUGGGGUCCGUCUGUGGAUCCUGUCCCCGUGGGGUCCAUCUGUGGACCCUGUCCCUGA